ACCCUGGACGAGUGAAGGCGACGCGUAACUUUCUCCCGAGGAGCAUGACUUGAAUGGGGCGGCAGCAGCAGCAGAGGCAGCUACCGCAUGUUUGUGUAAAUAUUUGCGUGGAUGUGGUGCUUCGUUGGUAACUAGAUGACAGGGUAUCCCGGACAAAUGUGUGAUGAUGUUCCUGAGAUAAUUUUUAGCAGUGUAAAUACUAUGUAAAGUAUUUCAAUGUGUCAGUGUCUUACAGACCUCCAUGCGAGAUGACGGAAAAGUAACGCGAUUUAAAUGUUUUUGGCGUUUGGCCUGAAAACUUCAAUGCAGUGAGAUAGUAACGUUAUUGAUGUUUCUAUGUAAUGUAGAUGAUUUGAUUAUAAUAUUGCCCACAAUGCGUUGACGAUUUGCGGAGAUCAUGAGUACCAAAAAAUGAAAUAGAGAGAGAGAGAGAGAGGGUGGUGGUACUGGAAUAUACUUUCUUAUUGGAUUAUAGUUUCUUAAGAAUUAACGCGUCAGGGGGGCAAACGGAAAAACACAAAAUAACAAUGAAAUGAAAGGGAAUGAAAUGAAGUAAGAUGGAAAUAUUCAGUGACAACGAUCUUCUGGAUUUUAGGCAGUUCAUGUCGUCCGGAUAGAAAAGCCGUUUGCAGCCAUGCACACCUUCGACUACCACCUGCCCCUGGCCGGCUCUGAAGGGGCCCCCCCAGCAGAGCCGUCGGUCCCGGCUUCGGCUCCUUCGUCGUCGUCGUCGUCAGUGCCGGCGCCCUCGACGCAUUACCACGGCAGCCUGGACCCCUUCCUGCUGAGCUUCGACUCGGAGGCCCUGAACGACCUGAUGGCCUUUGUCGAGGACGAGAACUACACCCUCUUCGCGCACAACCUCUCCCACAUCUUCAACGUGACGGGCGGCCUGAACGUCGACCUGCUGCACAAGUUCGAGAGGAACAGGCGGGUCGGCGACGCCGCCUACUACACCCUCAUCCUCGCCUACAGCGUCCUGAUCGUGUUGGGCGCCUCCGGCAACUCCCUGGUGGUCCUGGCCGUCAUCCGGAAACCGGCCAUGAGGACGGCGAGGAACGUCUUCAUCAUCAACCUGGCGAUCUCCGACCUCCUGCUGUGCCUGGUCACCAUGCCCCUGACGCUCAUGGAGCUCUUGUCGCAGUACUGGCCGCUGGGGGACACGCCCUUCACCUGCAAGCUCGUGGGCACCCUGCAGGCAACCUCCAUCUUCGUGUCGACCAUUUCCAUCACGGCAAUCGCCCUUGAUCGCUAUCACGUCAUCGUAUACCCAACGAAAAAGUCUCUGCAGAAGGUCGGAGCCGUGGCGACGUUGCUGGCCAUCUGGGUGAUGUCGUUCAUCCUGGCUCUCCCCAAUUUCAUCUGGAGGACACUGGAAAUCCACCAGGUGAACCUACCUGGCAUAGAGGUGGUGGGCUUCUGCUUCGAGCAGUGGCCCACCCUCCACGGGCGCGCCUACUACAGCAUCUUCGUCAUCGUCGUCCAGUACUGCCUGCCCAUCCUCACCGUCAGCGUCGCCUACGCCAGGAUAUGCAACAAGCUCAAGUACCGGAUGUCGAACGCCUCGACGCGCUCCGCCCGCUCCAAGAAGGAGGACCUUCGGAUGAAGAAGACAAACACCUUGCUCAUCUCCAUCGCCCUCAUCUUCUGCCUCUCCUGGCUGCCCCUCAACCUCUACAACGUCAUCGUCGACCUCCACAACCCCUUCGGCGAGGACACCGAGUCCAUGCUGGUGGCCUACUCCGUGUGCCACAUGGCGGGCAUGUCCUCCGCCUGCUCCAACCCGCUCCUCUACGGGUGGCUCAACGACAACUUCCGCAAAGAGUUCCUGGAGAUCUUCUCGAAGCUGUGUCCCUGCUGGCCCUCCCUCGCCGCCUCCUCCAGUAGGAUCAACAGUCUCAGGACCAGCAGAGGGAAGGACGGUGGGUCGUUCAGAUCGCUCCCGCCCUGCAGCCAUCCCGUCGUCCUGUACACGAAGGCGCAGGAAGAGCAGACCUGCAACGGCAUCAGCAUGGACCUCCAGGACCAAGAGGUCACCUUCAUCUCUCAGGUCGUGACGACCACCACGCUUUAGGGAUGUCAGGCGAGAACCGAGAGACGACAGGAAGCAGCUGAUAAGGCGACAACACAAGACGAAAGGGGAUGAAUAAAAAAGAAAAGAAAAUAAAUCAACGAGGAAUUUCCAGAAACCGCAACAAUAUAUAGACGAAAUGACGCAGAUGACUCGAACGCCAAGACUUUUAUAAACCUUUUCUCACAACCGCUCAUCAUCCGAGCGACCACCGCUCUCAGAAUCGCUAUUUUUUAUUUCCUCGGUGUCUAAGUGGAAUGUGUUUGUAAAUAAAGACUCCUGUGGGGCAGGUGAAGAUAUGACACACACACAUAUAUAUAUAUUUGAAUGGAAGGUGUCUUUGUAACAUAAUGUUCCUGUUGUCAUAACAUCGUAUUUAGGCUUUUGUGGUAUAGAUGCGCUCAGCUCAUUUCAUUUCAGCUGGUCUUGGAAGAGGAAUUCUGCAUCGCCAAGUUUAUAAUAUAUAUAUGUGUCUGUUUUGAGACGUCAGCUUUAUGUCGAAUGUGUUUUGGUGUCUUCACAAGAUGAAGAGGAAUUAUACUAAUCUUUGCCGAGUGAUGCCAUUCCUUGAUAACUUUCCGCAGGUCAUUGUAUCAAUCACCUGAAAAAUUGGGACACAUGUUUUUGGGAGGUAUCGCAGGUUCUCUCUCUCUCUCUCUCUCUCUCUCUCUCUCUCUCU